AUGUUGAUGAAGUGCAUAUGGCACACCGGCCUCAGCCUCUCAGGCCCUGACUGGGCCUCGGUCCCGUGGUCUCCUCCUCACGAAGAGGAGUUAGUCCCAGCUUUCAAGGCCCGGAUCGAGGACAGUGGCGAGCGCACCACCCGACCGGGCGUUGCCCGGCGCUCACAGCUGCCUUUGUCCCUCCCCACGGAAUUGGAACCCAACGACCGCAGAGCGCUCUUGGAACCAUGUGCUGCCGCCGCCUCCGCCUCCGCCGCUGCCGCCGCCGCCGCGAGAACAGCCGCCCGCGCGCCGCGCUGGAUGAGAUGUGCACACAAGCCAGGCCGCCUCGCGCACUCCCCGACGCCCCAAGCCCCCGAGGCCUCCGCGGCGCACUCGGCCAAUCACAGAGCCGCCCCUCCUCCCGCCCCCGCCCUGAUGCGAAGCCUCCUGAUUGAAGCCCUGGCGCGCCCUCCCCCCCUCCCCGGUCUGGUAGGGCGAAGGAGCGGGCGCGCGGUCGAUCGAGCGAUCGGUUGGCGGCUCUUUCUCCUGCUCUGGCAUCCAGCUCUUGGGGCGCAGGCCCGGCCGCCGCGGCGCGCGCCCGGUGGCCGUUGGCGCUCGCGCCGCGUCUUUCUUCUCGUACGCAGAACUCGGGCGGCGGCCUAUGCGUUUGCGAUUCGACGAGGAGUCGUCCGGGUGGUCGGCGGCGGCGGGCAGCUGCUCCGCCCCGCUCCCGGGGAGGCGGCGGGAUUUGGCGCGGCCGGGGAAGCUGGGGUGGCCGGGGCCGGCCUGGAGGCCUGGCGCCACCCUUCGGGGCCUGCAAGGACCCAGUUGGGCGGGCAGGAGGGGGCCGGGGGAUGGUUGGUGGUGGGCUUCCUACUUUGUCUUUUUCUUCUUAUGCCGCCCUAGUGAGGGGCGGGAUCUCUGGCGGCAGCUCCGGGGUGGAGAGACAAGCUCCGGAGUCGGAAGAGCUGGGUUUGCUUCCGGGCCUAGCCACCAGUUGGCCGAGUGACCUUAGGCAAGUCACUUGGUAAUUUGUCUGCGCCUCAGUUUCCUCCUCUAUCAACGUUUGUGGGAUUGAAAGCGCUUUGUAAACUAUAAAGCGUCGGUGAAUGUAAGGGAUGAUUAUUGUUCGUAAUGGUUGGCUUUAUUUUUUUUUUUUUUUUGAGUUGUAAGAAGACUUAUCAAUUGUCCAAUCCUUGGAUUUUGAACCUGGGAACCUUGGAUUGGAGUUGGAUAGUCCCAAAUUCCCUGAAAUUGUGUGCAAAAAUUAGUGGGAAUAUGCAUUUUAGGGGAAUGAGGAUCCAUCGCCAGCAAGUUUUCAGAGGGGGCUGUGACCCAGAAGAGUUAAGAACCACAAUUCCUUUGCCACAAGGAGGAAACUGAGGCCUAGAUGUCAUUUGGGACCCGUCACAACCAAUUUGAAGCCCCUGUUGAAUCCCUGGGAUAUGUGAGCUGUUCUAUGCAUAGUGGGUAUUCGGGGUAACAACACUCCACUGCUUGGCUUCUAUUCUGAGUCUUUUCACCAUGGGUUGCCUGAAAGGUGGCUGACGCAUAUGGUACAGUGGCACCCAAUAUAAAGCAGCUAAAAGUAGGAGUGGAUGUGUUCUCUAGUAUCAACAAGCCUGUUUAAUCUUUGGCCCAACAACUUUUUAUUUUCUGGUGCCUGACUACCUUUCUGUUUCACUGACCAUUUUCUAUGACCAUGGCUGCCAUCCGUUACUUGCUUCUAUUUUAUAUUCUUAGUUUGUGUGAUUGGUAGUGAGCAGGCUUAUUUUUAAAUGGUGCUGCCAAGUCCAGCUAAUUAAUGGUGCAGGUGAAUUUUUAGGAAGCUGGCUGACUGGAACAAACUGAACCAGGCAUGGAAUUCCUGAAGAUGUUUGGGGGUUUGUCUUUAUUAAUUGAAGGUUAACAUUCUCUGAAAAGUUUUGUUAGAACGUCUACUGAACCUCAAAAUCAGUAGACUGCAAGUGUUUCAAACCUUAACUUUCCACCCCACCCCCCCCACCGGCCUGCUUUGUAUUCUCUUUGCUUGCAAGUGUGUUACUAAAAUGGCCAAAAUGCCAGUUUUUGCUUCUUUGUUAAUUGUCAGCUGCUUUUAUCAAAUUCCAGGCCAUUAUCCAGCAAACACUAUAGAAAUGUUUGAACACUUGGAUUUCAAACAUUUUCAAUUUGUGGAGUGGUGCUUACCAGUGGUACAGUUCUAAGCAAGCAAACACAAACCCACUUAAGUGUUUUGUUUGUUAGGUGUUAGCCGGUUCUGCUAUUUCAUACAAACAUCUGGGAAAAAUCAAUUGACUAUUCCCUUUACCUAGAGAGCAGAGACAAAGGAUCUCAAUUCCAGAGAAGUGACUGUUUUGGAGAAAGAUGUGUUGGUCUUUUAGCUCUUUUGUAAUUAAAUCUGGAUGUACCUCAAAAGAACCUUAAGACUGUGGUGAUAAGAUGCUUUCCUCAGGAGAAAGGAGGAAAAAAACAACUGGAACUCAAAGCUUGAAAUUCUGUGACAAAACAUGAGCUGUCCGGGAUAGGAGGUUGAAAGUGUUUCACUACAGCGUUCUGCUCUCCAGAUGUCCUUCAGUGUAGUCACGGCGUGGACUCCAGAUUUCCAGAUUUUCAAGAACUGGAUCUGGGACCUGGAAGAGAUUAUCAAGAUGUGACAGGAACUUGGGAGCUGGAUUUUUUUAUUUUUGAAUUUGGGGACUGUUUUCCUCGCUUUGAGAAAAGAGACAAUGACUGAGCAAACACUGCCACCAGCGCUAUUACUGGGAAUUCGGAGACCUGAAUUUUCGCCACACUCUCAGUGCAAACUCUGGCGAUGCUCCACCCACAGUGAACUACGUCCUGUGCCUCCUGGUUGCCAAGUGUUCACCUGGACCGUCUGACCACCUUUGUGCUAUUCCAUCAGCCUACAGAUCUGGUACCUGGAUUUUUGCCCAUGGUGAUUCUACCACCUUACUACUGAAGAAGACAUCAUUCCAGUGGACCACUGUGACCCAGGAGGCAUCCAGCGAAUCAUCAUGAUGUGGCCUUCACCUCCACUCCUGUCCUGUUCUACCGAGAUUCAACACAGCCUUUUGUAGUGAAGUCAAACUCCUCAAGCCAAAUAGCUGAAGCUAUUUUAUCACAACAAAGGCUGUUUGUUCCAUGAGUGUGCAUUUCGUUUCUUCAGUUAAAGCCUUCAGAGACACGUAAUAAAUUUGGACCAGGGGAUUUUUAGUUAUCAGCACUGUCUGAAGAAUGGCAACAUCUUUUUGAGAACCACAUGGACCAUGCCCCACUAUCUUAAAUGAUUGAAAUUCAGGAAGUAUCUAAUCUGGACCCCAUUCUUUUUCCAUGUCAAAUCUGUAGUAACCUACUGAAUGAGCAAGCAGAUAUUCUGACCCAUUGGGAUUAAAACAAAGGCACAGUGAACUCUCAGCAUCUUCUUUGGGAUUACUCAGGAACCAGAACUUUUCACACAAAUGUAAGAAAUUCUACCAAGGAAUCCCUUUACCUAACAGCAUCUCACAAAGCUCCAAUCAGAUUCCAGAAAAGGCCUCUUGAUACAUCCAGGUAGAACCUAUAUGGUAAUCCCUUAUGUUUAUAUAGCACUUUACAGUUUCAAAGCACUUUUACAUGCAUUAAUCUCAAUUAUCAAAUAACACAAAUUAUAAUCCCUUUUUGCAAAUGAGGAAAUGGAAAUUUAAAAGGUUAUCCAAGGUGACACAGCUACAAAGUGGUAGAGGCCAGGCCUUCUGACUCCUAGUCCAGUUCUCUCCUUGGAAUUAACUUAGCCUCUAUUUUACCCAGUGUUAAAAUAACUGGAGAGUGGGAACCCCAGAAAAGUUUCCAACUUCCUGAUCUGGUGCCCUCGAUCAGUCAGGAUGUCAUACAUGUAAUCUUGUGAUAGCUGUACCUAGACCAGAAUUCCAUUACAGCAUCUCUGACAUUUAGGAGUAGACUGUCCAGUCAACAAAACAAAUGUUCAUUUGACAGCAAGAUUACCCAUUAUGAAACACAAAGCUGCUUUUAGAUCUUUCAUCUAUCUUCAUGGUCUUCCCAAAGAUGGCCUAGUUGAUUGGAGAUCCCUGUUCAUAUCAUGUCUUUUUUUUUUUUCUUUUAAUUCUUACUAAUAUUCCUGGACACCAAGAUCUACCUGUGGUCCUCUAUCCCCAAACUAAUAUUUACAUAGAAUGAGCCAUCAAUUUUUUUAGAACAGUACUGUUCAUAUAUAUAUGUGUGUGUGUAUGUAUAUAUUUGAUAUACACAUAUAAUAUAUAUCAUAGAGCUUCUGUAGUCCAGUAAGGUGGUAAAAUACUGUAAAUGUGUCCCCUUCCCUGAUUCAUAAUGCAGUGUAGUGUAUUAAAGGAUCUCAGAAGGCUUGCGGUAAAGAGCCUCAUUUAGCUGUUUGGUCCAGUGUGUCCUAAGUUUAAUCAAGCACAGAAAGUUAUUUUUGCAGCAUUCCUUUUAAUGGAAUGGGAAAACUGCUCUAAAGCAGUAUAGCCAGUGCUUCCUGGUUGCCAACAGAUUACCCUGGAGACCCAGGAAUAAACAGCAUCUUUGAAACGCCCCCUUUUUUUACCUUGUCAAUAACUACUUGAAUUAGUAUGUCUUCCUCAUCUGAGAGCCCCACAUCUUGACAGUUACCUUUAUUUUCUGUCAAAGAAACCUCUAGAAGAUUUGUGGGGAUACAUGGGAUGGGGAUGGGGGGAGUUAAUUCUGCCACAAAAUUAGAUGAAUUCCAUGACAUUUAGCAAUAUACUUUUCUGUCCGUAGAAUUGUGCUGUAAAUCUAGUUUAAGGGAAUUGCAUCUCAGGUGGGUGAGGAGACUGGGAAGGGAAGGGAGGAGGAGAAUAGAGAAGAGGGGGAGGAGGGGUGAGAAGGAGAUAUUUUCUUAGGAUUUGAGUUGUGGCCCACUGAGAUCUUAUUAAUACUUGAAGAGAAGUCAUCCAGCCAGGGAAUUUUUGAAAUAAUAUUAACAAAGAAAUGAAUGCAUUUUGCAGCUGUAUGCUGACUGCAAAAACCCCAGCACUAUUGUCACUUAAAACCAAUAGCCUUGUUCUCUGAUAGUCACUUACAAGCCCAAUUUCAGGCAAUCUGCAUUUGUAGCAGACUUGAAUGUUAACUUCAUCAUUUUGUAACGUGGCCCACAUUAGGGAAAGAAUAAAUAGGAAAACACCUUGGCUUACCACAGGCUUUGCUCACACAGUUUCUGGUUUCUGUGACCUAUUUUUUGUAUUUCAGCAUUUUGUGAACAACUUAUUCUUAGAUCAUUGGUUUUCCAAAGUCUUUGUGGCCAUGAAGCCCUUUGAAUGAAAACUUUAUGGAAGCCCAGAGUAAAAGUGAAGCUGCUCUGGAGGAAGCAGAAGUGGGGGGCCUGAAACCUGCCACAAGCAUCUUACUUUACCACCAUGGUGACACCUAAGGAGACUUCUUUACAACAACUAGAACUCUUCAGAACACAGUUUGAAAACCACUGCCCUAGACAACAGUAUGUUCGACCUGAAUGGCAUUCUAUUCUGUACCUCUACCCAACACCAUCCAUGUUCAGUUGAUGCUGAAUGUUCUUAGGAAUACUUACUGUGGGCAAACUCAGAAAAGUACAAGAAGAUGGGCAUAUCUUUGCCCCCCAGAGUAGUCAUAUGGGCCGAAAGUGGUAUCAAAUGGACCUAGAGUAAUAGCCCUCUACCUACAGAUGGACUUCCAGUGAUUCCUGGAUUUGAUAUAGCCAGAGAGCAAUUCAUACAUACUCUACACUGACAAACCCCCUUACCCAGCUUCUUUCACAAACACCAGAUGCUCUAGUGGUACUUGAAAUACAUGACCUUGAAGUCUUGAUCCUCCUUGGAUACAUUAAUCGCCAGGUAUUGAAGCUGAUGCUGAAGUUGAUGUCUCAUUGAGGCCACAUUAGAGCAACUGUACAUUGGACCACCCAUUCUCAGCCAUGGUACUCUACUUCGUGUGCAAGGGAUAACUAUAAACUGAAAGCAGAAUUCAAAGACUGGCAACAUUAUCUAAAAGGGUACCUGGUUGUUAUUCAUAUUCUCAGACUAUGUCACUAUCACUCAACCAGUGGCAGUUACACUACUUCUUGGUUUUUAUUCAGUUUAACUGCUGUUUCUAGAAUAAAUGAGCUAAUAACCUUUGAAAAAUCGCUGAAACAAUUCCUCAGUCGCUGGCACAUCUGCCUAGUCUCCAAAAUUAUGAAUACUCAGCUCUAACUGCAUGUAAUACCUGAUCCACAAGAGACAGUCUCUGAACAUCCUUUCUCGUCUGUGUGAUUUAAAAUGUGACCAUUUCGAAAAUUUUCUUCCAGCCAAGAGAGAUUUUAAGAUGGGUGUUUUGAUGUCUGGUACCAUCAGCUGUUGAUGUUAAUGAUGUUUGGAGGUAGGCCUUUUGACCAGGCCAUGAUAGCUUACUUGGUGGGCAUCUCAAAUUGCAUAUCAUCUACCUUUUUGCUGGAAAUGUAGACUGACUGGAAAUCUACAAAGCCUGCAGCUAAAGAUUUUAUCAGUAGACUCAAGAGCUUCCUGCUGCUUCUUCCUAAUGUCACAAGACCACAGUCCCCUGUCCUUGUGGAUGUUUUCAUGGAAUUUCAUCUGUCUCAGUACUAUUGUUUUACACUGAAUCAGAGUGGCUGACUUCAUUCCUUGUCAUGAAAUACUCUCAGGCAUUAAGACAACUUACCUGUUCAGGAGGGAUUUGAUUCAUGAACUCCUCCCAGACCAGAUCAUGUAGAACAAGUAGACUUUGAUUUGUGCCAUGAGAAAAGUCUCAUUUCUUCAGAGUCAACUUAAGGGCCCGCUGUCCUCAGCUACUUUAACGAAUGCACUGGUUAAAUGUUGGAAAUGUUUCUUUAUAUCUUUUGUCUCUUAUCCUCUAGACUAAUUGUGAUUAUAUGAGUCAGUCUACAAAUCAUCAAACAAGGCCUAAGUCUGGUUACUCUAUACUGCUCACCCUCAACAAAUAAAAUCUGAUGACUGGCCUGCUUGUAUGUACAACUGUUAUUUGUAAAGAAGAAAUUAUCUACAAGCUUAGUUUUUCUAUUGCCUUCAAAAUGUCAGCUCGAUUUUCUCUUUCUCCUGUACUUGACCGAAAAAGACAUUGAUCUACACUGGCAGUCAUUCCCUUUAAUCCUGUCAAAAUGAGGGACUAAAGGUAAAGAUGAUCAUCUGUUCAAGAGUCUGAUGUACACUGUGUAUAAGAAUUGAUGGUGGAAAAAGCAUAAAACUCAAACCUAGUAUCUUACUAUCUCCAUGCCUCAGAUCUCAUCUUUCAGCAGUACCAUUCAACCAGUCUGAGGCCUUGACUUGUUGAUAAGAUGAUUCUCAGAGAUGGGCUGAGUUACAGAAGAUGGAGACUUGAUUACCAAAGAAAGUAGGGCCAACCUUGAUGAACCUGGCUCUCCCAACCCUAUCACUCCCAGAUGUAGCAUAGACUCCUAAAUGGAACCUCAAGUCUGGAUUAAGGAGAUCGCCUUCUCCUGAGCUGAAAGUUCUUGGGCAGAUGAGCAGGAAAAUGAAAGUUGCUGUACCUGACUGGCCCUUUAAGAUCAGAAAAUUUUAUCCAGAAUAAACGCUGUGGAUUAACCCUGGAGUACUCAGGGUUAAAACUAAUGUACAGAGUUUCGAUAUUAAACUGCCUGUUCUUCUAGAUCAUAGCCUGGCUAUUGAUAUGGCUGGCCCUGCUGAAAGUACCUUACUUACUUGCCUAUUUACCUGACACAGCCCUUGCCUGCUUUUUUGACAUAUUGCUGCAAUCAGACUGGCUGUCCUUGAGAAGACUAUAGCUGAUCUUUGUCUAUCUUAUACCCAGUUCCACCAAGGGGUUUUGAACAGAAGCAGCCUGCACCUCACCCACCAGGACUUAACGUUCACAACAGGAAGGACCGUGCUGUAUACUCCUUGACCAGCAGCUUUUUUUUUUUUUAACUGCAGAGUAAGCCUCUAUGCCUAUAUAUAUUAGCUCAUUUUCAGCACUUGGGACCCUUUCUACCAGAUCUGAAGGAGCAGAGCAGAUUGAAGUCACUGUCCAUUCCUCUGUUCUAUGGUAAUACAGAGAUGAAUCUGAUUUGCCAGUACUCAACAGAAAUGUACCAGUUCAACCUGGCAAAAGACUUAAAGGAACAUAAGAAAACUUUUCCGCUGAGCUUAAAAUUUACCACUGACUUGAUGAGCGUCACAGAACUAUUUGCCAGUGGGAGGCUGCUUGUCCUGCUUCAUGUCAGCAAGACAGUUGGGCUCUCAAACUCACGACCACUGAGUUUACUUACAUUGAAACUCUGUUGUAUCAUCCAGAGUAUGCUAUUGGACAUGAUUAUUCUAUUCAAAUGGAUUACAAGCCUCCUGAGUAGAAGACAAACUUACUCCUCAUGAUUUUUUCCAGAAUACAUUUAUUGUCAAGGAAGGAACAAUGCCAGCUGUUACCAUUCAACUUUAUGAGCAGAGAUUAAACUUUUUCAAUAUCUGGUCUUACCACUGACAUCAGUUGUUUUUGAUUGACCAGCAUCAAUUCCAUCCCUUUGCAACAACUCCCUGAUGUUUCUUGGAACCUCCUCUCCUUCUUUUCAGUCCAUGUGGUUCAAUCUGACCUAAUCUUAGGUUUCAUGGGUGGACAUGUAAUUCAGACCUGAUCAAUCAGCACAGUCCAUCUCCUUGACCAUAGUGAUUGGUUCAGGAAUGGUCAUGUGAUUCAAGCUGGUCCAGUGAUACUCAACCCUAAGAGUUUAGUGAACUGUGGAGGAGAAGCUCAGAAGCUCUACUGAGGUUGCUUAGCUCUGUAGGAUGAAAAGCUCAGACCAACAGGGCCCACCAUAUCAAAUGAGCCAGUCAAAGAAUGAAGCCAGUACAGAGGAAAGCAGAGCCAAAUGUUGGAGAGACUUGAGUCCUGAUGACAAUGUUUGUGCCCCUGGAUCCAACCGUGCCUGAAGCUAGUAUAUCCCCUGGACUUUUCAGUUAUGUGAACCAAUAAAUACCCUUCUUUGCUUAAGUUA